AAGAAAGCGUAAACUGCUCAUGGUGAUAUGCUUUGCCGCUUGUCUGCUUCUGUUCUUCGGUGCCUUGGCAACCAUUUUGAGCUCAAAGAAAGCCGGAGAUGCGGAUGAUGACAGCACGGAAACUGACCGUUACUAUUUCCCGGUGCCCGGUGGAGCGUCCGUUCAAUCGACGCUGCCUUCUGCAGAUGAUGUAACACCAAGAGUUCCAACAACAAAAGUGACACGAAAACCUCUGUCGCAGAGACCGUUGUUGUGCAGCUACAAGCGGGAUAUGAAACCAGAUUACCCUUAUCCUCCCGACGGGCUCUGCGACUUCCUCUUUCACACAUUUGGUGUGUUACCUGAAGGCUUCAACUACAACGAAUACGAGGAAAUUACUGACGACGAUAAAGCCUUACUUGCUAAAUUUAAGGAGGAGGCCAUGAAGUCCAAGACAACUGAGUUCGGCAUUGACAUGUACGAUCACUUUGAAAACGCUACUAUUAUUACAUUAAGCACAGAUGAAGGCAAAGCUGCAGUGAAAGCACUUUGGGGCUACAAAAUAGUGCAUUAUGCUGUCCUGGAUUACAUUGUUUACGCUCGUGGUGAUCACUUCGUUAUGAAGAUCUCCAUGCUAGCAAAGCUAUUGCUGGACUUGCGAGACGAGUUCAGGAGCCUUCAUGAGGCUGCAAACAGUUUUUUUUUCCUGGGCAUUGGAUCCAUAAGCGAAGAUACAUAUGACGACCAGGCAGGCAUUCUGAAAUACGCAAUGAGCCAUAUACUGCCGGACGCUGUGCUAUAUCGGACCGCUCGGACAGACUGCAUCGCCUACCACGACUGCACUUUUUCUCCGCCAGCGCUGUGGGAUCCAGGUAACACAACGACACAGAUGUCAUUUGAUGGAGCAUUCAGGAUGCGGAGCUGGAGCACCUGGCCCUCCAGUGUUGUACAAAUGAUAUCUUUCUCCCCUGCAAUUGCUUACAUGGAGGACGAGGAGCAUUUUAAGUUUAAUAAACGUUGCGAUACCUAUUACCUCAAGCCAGCUAGCUUCAAAUGUAGUGAGGAGAACAAGGCUGCCAAUGGUUCCGUAAUUACGACGGCACCCAACGGAAUGGAUGUCUACCGCCUUACCGUUGAGGAUGAAGACAGUACACCACUGUAUUCAUUUGCUGGAUAUGAUACUCCGGAGUCCAUGAAGAGAAAGCUACGCCCUCAGUACAGCAAACCCUGAGCUGGCUUUCCAAGAAGAAUGACAUCACCACCCGGACUUGACAUUGCGGACUCACAGACAACUGCCACGUGGUAUACUUGCACCGAUUGUGACGUCACUUACCCAACCUAUUUAAGCAAUGUGCAACCCUUAUACCUCUUUUGUCCGGACGAAGACAGUGCUACUGUCAAAACAUCGACCGUUCUGUUAAACGUUUCAUGGCAUAUUAUAAUCUAUGUGCUAAAUUACCCAUUACAUAAAUUAGUUUUUGUUAACUUUCCUGUAAUCUGUCGUCCACAUCCUAUUAUUUUACUUAUAUAUAUAUAUAUAUAUAUUCGCCGCUCGCUAUACUCGCGAGGUCGACCUAUGGGAGGCGAUACCUACUACCGUUCGAUUUCUGAGCGAAUACAUGCUGAAAAAAAAGGGGUUCAGACGACCGCAAAUUUACGUAGCUAAAAUGAAAAAUUAGACAAGGACUACGAAGGUUCUAGAAGUAAGAAAAAGACUGCUAUUUAUUUACAAAUGAGAUAUUUGCGGCGGACGCUCCACCUUCGUCAGGACUAAGAGUGACAAGUGUCGCUUCGUGUUUAUAUAUGUAUAUACAGCGACUUCGGCGUUAAGGGUCCCGCCACCUGGCGGCCGUCAGACAGUCAAUUUGAGGGGUUGUUGUUGAGGAAAAAAGAAGUAGAAGCAGGACCUGUCCUGCUUCUACUUCUACACUACCUACUUCUACUACGGGUCAACAGUUCGCAUCCCCUGACGUCAUUCCCACCUCACGUACAAUGAACACUUCCCUGACAUGACUCAACAACUGCUCUGAACUUGACCUUCUCGCGGCCGCCAGGUGGCGGGACACCCCAGUGCUGGCGUCACUCUAUCACUGUACAAACUCCAAGCGACAUCAGUCACUCUUAGGCCUGACGAAGGCGGCGGUUCUCAGGACUAAUCGAUUACAAGGGUUGGUUGAGCUUUUGUACAUUUCUAAAAUGACAUUUUUGUACAUUUCUGUCAGCAGGUCAAGCCCGGGAAUGUUGUGUCAAGCCUGGGUGAGCUCAUUGUCUUUUGGGUCGCAGUGGUGUUGACAACUGAAAAAAAAAGUACCUUAUACAAGUAGUUGACAGUACACUGGGUCUUUGUUUAUGUCGUACUGAAAUUUGGAAUUAUUUGUACGUAAAGGUAUGAUUCCCGUGUUUCUCAGGAUCGAUCGGUAGUAAAUCUUGAUUGAAGAAGAAAAAAAUGAAAGGGAAAUACUUCAAAUGUAAAUAAAUAACUCCCCUAACUGACGGCGCAGUCGUAUCCAGCGGGACUUCGGCGACCAGGAUUGCGCUCUGAUCCAUAUUGUGUGCGAAACUGCGUUCAGGGCGUAAGUCCCUAGAUCGAUGUAGCUCGCAACCUGACAGCCACUUUUACUUGUACAAACGUUCCUAAAAACAUUAAUAUGAGAUUUAGUUAAUUUAAUUUCUGUUUAGUGAGUUACCUUCCUGCCAUAAGGCGUAUCAAGAGGGGGAUUGUUAUUAGAAAUAGCAGAAACACAUGCACAUGAACACGCUGUCGUAUCAGUAGGUAGGCCUUCAAGAAUAGCAGGUGGCGUUAGUGUUGCUGCGUCAGGGAUCACGAUGUCUGUCCUCUGUACAAUUUUUUUUCUUUGGCAAAGGAGGGGUAACCGUGGUCGUGCAUGGUCAUUUUGGAUGUGCUUCUUCCAUUAUUUAAUAAAAAAUAUUUGAAUGAAUGACCACUCAUAUGUCAAAGAAAAGAACUCUGUCCAAAACUAAGAAAGAAAACAGCAGCAUGGAGAGACCGAUCGGACAUUGACCAACCGCUAUUUUCGAAGUGUUGAAAACAAUAGCAUUGAAGACAGCCAACCUGAGAGAGAUAUAUCAAUUCUGGUUAUAUAUCUUAUUAUUAUUAACUACGUCGUAUUAUUAUUAUUAUUAUUAUUAUUAUCUUAUUAUUAUUACCGACGUAUUAACUAGCAUCAGGAUUUCUAAGUUUCUGGUAUAUUUGAGUAUUAUAAAACGGAAGCAAAAUACCACACCAGUUACGUGUCCACCUUGCAUGAAGGGAGGUAAAAUUGACAUUCCCUGCGUGGAAUUGUUUGGAUACGCCACAUGUAUUGGCUGAUAAUAAAGGUGUUGGGACCCUGACUUAGUUCAAGGGACUUGCAUCUCGCCACAAUAGCAGAUUUGUAGGUAAUCAUUAGCAGUAUCUUCCGAUAAAUACGCACUUAACUUCAAGCAAAUACAGGAUACAAAUAGUACACGCUUGUCCGUGCUACACAUUACACAGUCAUAUUUGAUGUUCCAUCGGCGAAAACUUCUUCACACUGCGGAGGAGAUGCCCUUUCCACAAACCACUUCCACAGAAGCAGUCUUAGGGGUUAAUAGGGACAAAGUCGACAUAUCAAAUUUGAGAAACCAUCGCCACACGUACCCGUACGCAUCAAAACUCCACACGCGAAGGCGUGGAUACGGCAUCAGUACCACGCCGUUACGAACGAAAUCAGCACACGUGUCGCUCUUGAUCAAGUGUCCGCAGCGCCCUACAUCUAGUGCACAGUCCCUGUACACUAGACGGCGUGCAUAAUCAUGCAAAAUUUAGUGAUACCCAAAGACAUUGCUACGGCUAAUAAAUGUACUCAUUUCAUUACAACAGAUGUGCAAGACCGUCGUGGAGCACAAGUUUACUGGCGGCUGGGCUAUGCUAGACAUGGAAUAUUCCAUCGUAGAUGGGGAAGG